UCUUGAAAAAGCAAAAUCCCCAGCGGAAACACCAAAGCCAAACUCUAUGAUACUGAAGUGGGGACACUUGCUACUUCGAUGAACAUAUCCCACUUUUCUCUCUAUAUUCCUUCACAGAUUUUUUUUUUUUUUUAAAGGUCACCAACCACUAUAUAUAUGAUGAUCAUGACCACUAGUUAGAACACUCACAUAGAAAGCACUCUUUUCGUCCACCCUCAACUGCAAAAGAAUGGUUUCAGCUUCUUCUCCUCCUCCAAAGGAACUAGUUCCUUCAGACAACAAAUGGACAGAGGAGGACACGGCUGCUCGUCGAGCCAAAUGGUGGUACUCCACCUUUCACACCGUCACCGCCAUGAUCGGCGCGGGCGUCCUCAGCCUGCCGUAUGCCAUGGCCUACUUAGGAUGGGGUCCAGGGAUAAUGGUUUUGGGACUAUCUUGGUGCAUGACCUUGAGAACAUUGUGGCAGAUGAUACAACUCCACGAGUGUGUUCCUGGGACUCGCUUUGACAGGUACAUAGAUCUGGGCCGGCAUGCAUUUGGGCCUAAACUUGGGCCCUGGAUUGUGCUCCCACAACAGCUGAUUGUCCAGGUUGGGUGUGACAUAGUGUAUAUGGUCACUGGAGGAAAGUGUCUCAAGCAAUUCAUGGAGAUGGCAUGCACAAAUUGCACACAACUUAGGCAAUCUUACUGGAUUUUGAUUUUUGGUGGCAUCCAUUUCUUCCUCUCUCAGCUUCCAAACUUUAAUUCUGUUGCUGGUGUUUCCUUAGCAGCAGCAAUUAUGUCACUAAGCUAUUCAACCAUAGCAUGGGUGGGUUGCUUGGGCAAAGGCCGAAUAGACAAUGUGAGCUACGCAUACAAAAAGACAAGCUCAGCAGAUUACAUGUUUCGGGUUUUCAAUGCAUUGGGCCAAAUCUCCUUCGCAUUUGCGGGCCAUGCAGUGGCCCUUGAGAUUCAGGCCACUAUUCCAUCGACCCCAGAUAAGCCCUCCAAAGUGCCCAUGUGGAAUGGUGUAAUUGGAGCCUACUUCAUCAAUGCAAUUUGCUACUUCCCUGUGGCCCUAAUUGGGUAUUGGGGCUUUGGGCAAGACGUUGAUGAUAAUGUGCUUGUGGGCCUCAGGAAGCCCGAAUGGCUUAUUGCUUCUGCCAAUUUGAUGGUUGUCGUCCAUGUCAUUGGUAGCUACCAGGUAUAUGCGAUGCCGGUGUUCAACUUGUUGGAAAGGAUGAUGAUGAAAAGACUAAACUUCCCACCCGGAAUUCUACUUAGAGUGGUUGCUCGAUCCGCUUAUGUUGCAUUCACUUUAUUCGUUGGAGUGACCUUCCCAUUUUUUGGAGACCUUCUUGGGUUCUUCGGUGGAUUUGGUUUUACCCCCACUUCCUACUUUCUUCCUAGCAUUAUGUGGCUGAUAAUAAAAAAGCCAAAAAGAUUCAGCACCAACUGGUUCAUCAAUUGGGCUUCCAUAUAUAUAGGAGUGUUCAUAAUGGUGGCAUCCACAAUUGGUGGUCUGCGGAAUAUAAUUAUCGAUGCAUCAACAUAUAGCUUCUACACAUGAUUUAUACAUAGAUAUAGUCAAUCUAUAUAAUCUUGAUGUUGGAUCAAGUAAUUAUAUUCUCUGUC